AUGCUGUGCGCAUGCAGAAGCUCUGAUGCCCACCAGGCGUCGCAAUUUCAAGAUGAUUCUCAAGAUUUUGAUAUUUUUGGUGAACUCUUUCACGUUCCUGAUGCUUUCAAGAUCGAUUAUUUGGAAAUGGAGAGGACCUUCAAGAUAUUUGUGUACCCACAUAAUACUAGUCUUUGUGACAAACCAAGGAAACUUGACGGUGAGUAUGGGAAUGAAGGAUUGUUCUUUGAGAAUCUUAAGCGGAGUCGGUUCUUGACCAAAGAUCCUGAUAAGGCUCACCUUUUCCUCAUUCCCAUUUCUUGUCAUUCAUUUCCUGCUGAGGGAAGAUCAGAAGAUGAAAGGGCUAUUGCUGUCGAGGAUUUCGUCAAGAGCCUUAUUUCCAAGUACCCUUAUUGGAAUAGAACUUUAGGUGCCGAUCACUUCUUCGUAAGCUGUGCAGACAUUGAUGUGACAGUUACUGCACGAAUUGUUAAUCUUGUGAAGAAUUCAAUUAGAGUAAUGUGUUCUCCAACUUAUAAUCUUGAAUAUGUUCCUCAUAAGGAUGUUUCCCUCCCACAAAGUGUGCAGCCAUUUAAUGAUUCUUCUGCUGGAAAUAAGACACGGGAAAGGUCUACGCUAGCUUUUUGGAGAGGUCUUACUGAUUCUGAUACUAGAGAGAAGCUGGUCGAUGAUUGGGUGAAUUGUUGUCCACAACUAAUUGACAUCAACAUAGGCCCUCAGCUCGAUGGUGCUAUAGCAGUCGCAAUUAAUUAUGGAUGUGUUCCAGUUAUCUUGUCUGACCACUAUGAUUUGCCAUUCAAAGACAUUCUUGACUGGAAGAAAUUCUCUGUGCAGAAGCACUUUGAGUGGAAUCUAACUCCAGUCAGACUUGAUGCAUUUCAUAUGGUCAUGUAUGAGCUAUGGCUGCGCCACCAUGUUACCAAGUACUGCUGA